ACACGCUCACGCACGGCCACGGGAACGCUCCUGGCUGCCGUGGACGACAUCGAAAGGUAUAAAGCUGGAAUGGCAGAUGCUGCAUAAACCCAAAUGGAUUUUAGGAAAGAAGGGUCUUGUCUUCUGGUGCCUCAGAAAAGCCCGUCGCACGAACAAACGGCGUACAGAAUGCGGAUCACAGGAGACGUGUAAUGCGAACUACUUGAAACAUUUCUGCAAAUAAAUCCUUGACGACGAUCAAUCCACGGUUUGCCAAGAACACGUGAAUGAAACUGGAACAUUGAAGAACUAGCUAUCCCUGGCCUUGCACCACAUUUCAACGGUGUUGGAGCGCAAAGGAGGAGAGAGACCAUAGCAUCAGUAAUAAGACCAGGAGAAUCUCAGCACCCUCCCACGACGAUACCGAACCACACAGCUGAGGCGGAUUCAUCUGCAGCAUUGGGGUACAGGAUCGUAUCACUGGAUUUGGUUGAAGACUGUGUUUGUAGGCUAAUACAUUUGGAUAGCGAGAUCUGGUGAGCACUGCCAUAUGCACCUCAAGAGCAUCUUCCAGUUUCGGACUGAGAGGCAGGUGUAGGUGCAAGGGCGCAUCCAUGAGCGUCUUCUCCCGGGACGGCAUGUUUUUAGUUUAGGCGGAUUUGUUGAAAAGACUGGUGGAAGAGGAAAGGCGGGUUCUGAAGUUUUGAUGCAUAUGAUCACAACCACCAUGAUUUUUAUGAUCCUCGGUGCUUCAGUUGUAAUGUGGUCACAGUACCAGGUCAUGUAGCGGUUGCUGUGUGCCAAUACUGCUUGUCAUGUCCCGGUUGACUCGAAUGGUUCUUUGCAGGCGAUAGCGUGUUUAAUGGACAUGAACGCACUCCUGGACCGCUUUCACAACUACAUCUUACCGCAUUUACGAGGGGAAGACCGCGUCUGUCAUUGCAACUGUGGAAGGCAUCAUAUUCACUAUGUAAUUCCAUAUGACGGAGACCAUUCACUCGUGGACUCAUCUGAGAAUUACUUUGUGAGUGACAGUGUGACCAAACAGGAGAUGGACCUCAUGCUGGGGCUGUUGCUGGGGUUUUGUAUCAGCUGGCUGUUGUUGUGGCUGGAUGGGGCUUUACACUGUGCUGUGAGGGCCUGGAGAGCCAGUCGCUACUAUGAUACCCCAUCCUGGUCAUGGUUGCCACAGUUUUGUAACCUUCGGGAUCUCCGUAGACGUGCGCAGCUUCGGCAGCUGGAGGAUUCCAGUGGAAACAUGGUGCACAUCAAGCAGAAGCUUUAUCAUAAUGGUCACCCCAGUCCUCGUCACCUCUGACUCUUUUACGGCAGUUUUCCCGAAACUGCUCCAUUACCAGCUGCUGCCUCAGAGACCCACUUUAAUCGUUCCAGUCUGAACCAUCUUUUAGAUCUUCUAAAAGCACUCAACACAUUUAAAUAUUUGCCAAAAUUCAAGACGAAUCGUUGCCAAUGUCCUGAUCUGUGUUCACGUCCGUCACGUAUGAGACUGAAAUGUGGGGCGAAUGUUUUUUCUGUACAGACAUGUUAUUUUUCAUUGCUGAAUCUAGGCAUGCACUUUUAGAACGGGGAAGAUGGUUUUGUGAGACAUUGGGAGUCAAUUAAUUUUUAUCUUGCUUCCCCUACCUUUUUUAGCUUUUUCAUCUGAAUAUGAUUUUUUUGGGAGAUGGGGAUACAUGGGUUAGGUCAUGGUUUUGUGAUAGUGUAGUUAGAGAUUAGCUAUACUGCUAAUGUAAAUAGUUAUAAAUAUUGUUUUAUGGGAUUGAAGUCAAAAGAGUAGGAUGUUCUAAGAAAACUAGUCAUGAAUUGUAAGAAAAAGAAAGAGGUAAAAGACAAAAUAGUGUAUUUGAAUGCAGAUGUGAUAUGUGAACGUUUUGGAUGGAUGAAGAAGAGACUUUAAAAACGACUGAUUAGCUUUGUUACUAUGUGAAAUAAAUGAAUGUAAUAAUUUUAUCUGUAAAUAAAUGAGAGUGCAGGAAGAUUGAAAUGAACGUUCAGGGCUCUUUUUGCUGUUUCAAACGUCAUCUGUCAAAUGCUUGCAUUCGCUUUGUCUUCCCUACACUGUGUCCAAUAGCCCUUCCAGGAUUGCUUUAAAAACUACUCCAUACUCAAACAAGAACAACCAGCCUGCCAGCAAAAAGAGUCCUGACCUAAUUUUCUCUUCCUCUUUAUGUCCAGACAUUGCUGUUGUGAAGAUAAAAUGUCUGUUUUAUUAAAAGUGCCACUGCAGCACAACAGUGACCCCUA